AGAGGAUUUCCCUUGAGGAGAAAAGAGGGGUGAUCAUCAGAUGUCCCAGUGACCAUCUAGGAGAAGAUUCAAAUGCCAUGAAUACUUUAAGGAUGCUGCAUUUGAACUGGCUUCAACUGAUACAAUCAAGGACACAAAGGGAGGAGGACCUGUUAAAGCUUUCAGAAUAAGGUGGCCUGUGUUGCACUAAGAAAAGGUUACAUUUGAUGUUAACAUGUCAGAUCUUAUGUUUAAUGUUUGCUCUUUGGAUGACACCUCUCAGGGGAGUCAUCCAACAGCAAAGGGAAAGAAAAAAAGCAACCGAUUUCACAAAAGGAUGAAAUACUUACAGGCAAAGGGCUACCUUAGAGAUAAACAAAAUAAACUUUAUCAAAAAGACUCAAAAAAUCCACACCAGGAUGGAUCAAAAACUGAAAAUGGAGCACCUACCACUGCCAGUGCCUUUCGCAGUAGUGCCAUACCUUCAGCAUCCCCUCAUAACCUGCCGUCAAAGACUAUCACCGUGAAAGGCAGGUAUGAAAACACAAAGGAAUCCACAAACACAAGAGAAACAAGCCCCCGCCCUUCGGUAUCAGGAUGCCUUAAACCCCCCACAGCACUGCUGGGGAAUCCCACAAAGUACCUCGCAAUUGACUGUGAGAUGGUGGGUUCCGGACCCAAAGGCAGUAUCAACCAGCUCGCACGCUGCAGCCUUGUCUCCUACGAUGGAGACGUGGUCUAUGAUAAGUACAUCAAGCCCUCCAUGCCCGUCACUAACUACCGCACCAGAUGGAGCGGCAUUCGGCCCAGAGACCUUACCAAGGCCACGCCGUUCUCAGAAGCCAGGAAGGAGAUACUGAAGCUGCUCAUGGGGAAUGUGGUGGUUGGCCAUGCCAUCCACAAUGACUUUAAAGCCCUCAGCUACUUGCACCCUUCUGUCCUGACAAGAGACACUUCCAAAAUCCCUCUUCUCAACCUGAAGGCCGGCUUUGGUGAAAAAGAAUGUGCUUCACUGAAGAGACUUACCAAAGCCAUCUUCAACCGAGACAUCCAGGUUGGAAGGAAGGGCCACUGUUCUGUCGAGGACGCUAAAGCCACCAUGGAGCUUUACAAAGUGGUGCAAGUGGAAUGGGAAAGGACUCUUCUCUCCAAAUCACUGGCUACUUAGUGCCACGUUUGAGGAGACGACAUAAAAAUAAAGUCAGUUGAACCUCCUA